GUGUUCAAUUACAACUUUUUUCCAGAACUUUGCAACCCAACAAACUGACACAGACGUUUUCAGAAUCUCACUCGGACUAAAAAAAAACCAGCCAAGCUUGAACCCGAGCCCGGCUCUGGAAUGAAUUUAACCGAGCCGUCUCUCCUGCACCCCGGCCGGGGGUCCCUCAGGGGUCCGUGGGCUUCUGGGACUCCGAGCCCUGCCUCUGAUUCUGAGAUGGGUUUUGAGCAGAGCCUCUCUGGAGACUGCAGCUCUCCUGACGGCGGCGGCGGCGGCGGCCUCGGGACAGGAAACAUGAGGAGAGCAGAAACCAGGAUUUCUCUGACGCCCGGUUCAGGAGGACAGAGUCCGGACCUGAGCCAGGCGGGAGGACUGGGAGGACUGGGAGGACUGGGAGCAGCUGAUGGGAAGGCGGCGGGGGGCGAGCAGAGGAUCCGCAGGCCCAUGAAUGCUUUCAUGGUUUGGGCUAAAGAUGAGAGGAAGCGGCUGGCUCUGCAGAACCCGGACCUGCACAACGCCGUGCUCAGCAAGAUGCUCGGUCAGUCAUGGAAAGCCCUCAGCGCUCCAGACAAGCGUCCGUUCGUGGAGGAAGCCGAGCGUCUCCGGGUGCAGCACCUCCAGGAUCACCCCAACUACAAAUACCGACCUCGCCGCAAGAAGACCACCAAGAAACUCAAGCGGGUGGAACCGGGUCUCCUGCUGCACAGCUUGGCCCAAGGCGGGGGGCUAGGACCCGGCAUCAGCACUCUGGGUCCAGACGGCGUCUCUGGAGGUUCUGCUUACGGACAUCCAGGCGCUCACCAUCAACACCAUCACCACUCCCACCACCUGCUGCCCUCUUUGGGUCACUUCAGGGACCUGCAGGCUCCAGGACACCAAGACUUAGAAAGCUACGGCCUCCCGACUCCAGAGAUGUCCCCGUUGGACGUUCUGGACGACGGAGCCGGGGAGUCGGUGUUCUUCCCUCAGCAUAUGCAAGAGGAGGCGGGGAUGGGAGGAGGAUGGAGCGGCUACCAUCAUCACCUUCAUCAUCACAACCCGCAUUAUAGCCAUCACUAUAGCAACAACAACCACGGGCUUCAUAACUCGAUGCAUGCCGCAGCAGCUGCGACACACGGUCAGGGUUCAGGGAUGAGCGUAGCAGCCGGUGGCAUCGGCUCCAGUUUGAGUCCAGGGAGAAGCUCCAGGAUGACGUCGGUGGAGUCGAGUAUGACGUCAAGCAUGAGCUCCGUGACUUCGGCGUUGGCGGCGGGUUCUAGGUUAAAUCCGAGUCACCACAUCGCCUUGAGGAGUCCUGUGAAGUGCCAACCACCGCUCCCUGACUCCUCCUCUUCCGUCUCCUACCACCAACCGUCAAUCAGCCUGGCGGAGACGAUAAAACCCCACCAGACCUCCCUGAGCUCCGUCCCCGUCAGCUACUUCAGCCAAAUGUAUGGCAGCGGCGCCCCGAGUGCUCCCCACUUCACUCCUUCUCACCUGGGGCAGCUUUCACCUCCUCCUGAAACAUCUCCAUCCACCUGCUCGUCCUCCUCCAUCCCUCCAUCCACCUUCAUCCCCUCGGUGCACUUAGACCAUUCGAAUCCAGACUCCUCCUCCUCUGGACAUUUAGCGUCUUCUUCCUCUGUCGAGUUCUGGUCUGAGGUGGACAGGCAUGAGUUCGACCAGUAUGUGAACGUCGGGAGGAGUCGGGAGGAUGCUUACGGAGGUUGCGGGGGCGGACCUAAAGUCCUAUUGGGGCGGAGUAGUAGUGGCCUAGGCAGCAGCAUUAACAGCAGUGUGAACAGCAUCAUGAAUGGUGCAGGCGGGUGUGACGAAGGAGUCAGCCCUCUUAUAUCUGCUCUGUCUGAUGCUAGCAGUGCUGUCUAUUACAGUGCAUGUAUCACUGGAUGAAUGACUCCAUGAACUCAAA